CACCGCUCUGCUGCUGCUGCCUCUGCUCCUCUGCUCCUCUUGCUGUGUAUAUGUAUAUGUGUGUGUCUGUGUGGGUGCGUGUGUAUGUGUGUGUCCGUGUGUUUGUGUGUGCGGACGCCUAAUGAAAUGAAAUGCCAGUAUUGGGCUACCUCCAGGGAGAGCCUCUCCAUCCUAUAAUGUGAGCCGGCCAGCAGCACUGUGGGAUCAGGGAGAAGCUGCAUCCAUCAAGCGACGGGGCCUCAGGAGGACCAGGCGUGAUCCGACGGGAGGAGAGAUAUUGUUUUAUUUAUAUAUAUAUAAAUUAUUCUUCUCUGCUGAGGAGGGAAGGGAUAGUCGUCAUCCCUCCCAUCCAUCCUUUUUUUUUGCUCUCUGGUGCCCCCUCCUCACGCCUCCGCCUCCACUCUUCAUUUUUUCCCCCCUCAUUCUUCUAGAGGCACUCGUUGGAAUAUCAGACCUCCAUGUAUGACAAUUUGUACCUGCAUGGAUUUGAAGACUCGGAGGCGGGCUCAGCUGAUUCAUACACUAGCAGACCAUCAGACUCAGAUGUCUCUCUGGAGGAGGAGCGGGAGGUCCAGGCCCAGGUCCAGAGCCAGAGCCCAAGCCAGAGCCAAGGACCGGGACAGAGCCGCCAGGAAAGGGAGCAGCAGGCCUCCAUUCAACUGGAGAGAGCCAAGACUAAACCUGUGGCGUUUGCAGUAAGGACCAACGUCAGCUACUGUGGUGCCCUGGAUGAGGAUGUUCCAGUCCCAGCCACAGCCAUCUCCUUCGACGCAAAGGAUUUCCUCCACAUAAAAGAGAAGUUCAACAAUGACUGGUGGAUCGGUCGGCUGGUGAAGGAGGGCUGUGAGAUCGGCUUCAUCCCCAGCCCCCUGAAGCUCGAGAACAUCCGGCUCCAGCAGGAGCAAAAGAGAGGGCGAGUCCAAGGUAAGUCUGGAGGGAACUCUUCUUCCAGUGUAGAGGAUGAGGUCUCGGCCUCUAUCCGACCCCUCAUAUCCUCGGCAGGAAAGCAGAAACAGAAAGUGACGGAGCACAUCCCCCCGUAUGAUGUGGUCCCCUCCAUGAGGCCUGUGGUGCUGGUGGGACCCUCACUCAAGGGUUACGAGGUAACAGACAUGAUGCAGAAAGCACUGUUCGACUUCCUUAAGCACAGAUUUGACGGCAGUUCCACUGUAACCAGAGUCAUGUUCCUUUCGUGUGGUGCUGUCCAGGUCCUGCAGAGGCUGGUCAAGUCCAGAGGAAAGUCCCAGAGCAAACACCUGAACGUGCAGCUCGUGGCAGCAGACAAAUUGGCCCAGUGUCCUCCAGAAAUGUUUGACAUCAUCCUGGAUGAGAACCAGCUGGAGGACGCCUGCGAGCACCUGGCAGAAUACCUGGAGGCCUACUGGAAAGCGACCCACACCUCGAUGGCAACGCCCCUGAACCCCCUGUUGGGACGCAACCUGGGCCCCACCACCCUCACCCCCUACCCCACCAGCAUCUCUGGACUGCAGCAGAGCCAAAGAAUGCGACAGAGCAACCACACAGGAGACCAUUCCACCCUGAACGAGCGCCGCAAUCUGAUGACGUCAGAAGAAAACUACCACAACGAGCGGGCGCACAAGGGACGUAACCGCAUGUCGUCCGGCUCGCAGCAUAGCAGAGAGCAACAGGACCCGUACCAGGACUACCAGGACCCCUAUCAGGAUUCAUACAAACCACACCGCAAUCGCAGUUCACCGGGCAGCUACAGCCAUGACUCCCGGCACCGGCUCUGAGCCCACUUCUCCCAUUACUAGGGGCCCCAAACGGCCAGAUUCAACCCAAAACAAACGCUGCAACAGAGCCAAGAUGGACCCAAAUUGUACCCAUUUUGGUUUAUGCAUUUGUUUCUUUUGCCUACCUGGCUGUUUAUUUCUCUUUCAAAGUCAUGUACAGAUGUCAGGUAUUUAUUUUGAAUCAAGCUGCAGGGCAACCCCUUCAAUCAACAGCGCGAGUAGUCAAAGAGGUUUCAGGAACGUUGACUUCGAUAAAUUCCUUAAAAUUUAUGUUACCGGGACCUUUUAGGAGUUGUACUAAACUGAUGCUCAGCAGACAUGCAGCAGCUUGUUGCCUGUGUCAGCAAGCGAAUGAUGGGUAGUGGUCAGGUGGCGAUGGUGCGUGGACGUCUAAGUGCCUGGGAUAUCACACCCGGUCGGACGGAGGUCCACUGCACACAGACGCUGAAGGCUGCUGGGCAAUGUAUAAAUCCUCUCACCAUUUAGCUUAUUGCAUGCUGAUAGAUGAUCAACCUUCGCAUCCACUUCAUUGAUAUUUUCUACCGAGCCCUCUGGAUUCUUCCACAAUGAGGUAUAGAUACGGAGGUUUGUGGGGGGCGGACGGAGAGUUUCUGGCUGCUAGUUUCAAAAACUGGUGCUUCAAAUUUCCAAACUAUUUUGCUAUUCGAAAAUCAAUUUUGAGCAAGGCCAGCUUUUCUGUAGCAUUGCGUUAGGAUUUCCUUUGGGUGAAGACCCUCACCAUCAUAAAUAGGACAGAUUCAGAUGGUGCUGGGAUCAAAUCUCAGUCAUGUUGGAGGGGAAGGCAAUAAGGCUUCUGUUCUGAACAGCUAGCACUUACAGGGAAGUAGUUGGAUUGUGGUGUGAAAUACAAUAGCAAAAUACUUCUUGAGAUGCAUUUGAUGUUGUUGAGAUGUGAAGCGGCAUAAAACAGCCAACAGUGUGAAAACCUUUUGAGCAGUUCAGGAGAUUUGAACCCCUGCCAGUGUGAAUACGAAGAUCGGGAACUGUUUAUUUUCUAUCUUGUUUUGCAUUUAUCAGCAAUGAAAGUUGUUUACGUGCAGAUGUCGCUCACAGAGUCUGUCGCAAGCGAUUGGUUAAUAAUACGUGGCAGGGUCGGUUGCAUCAUGUUCAUCCUCUGUGUAGCUGGCAUGUUGUCCUGACUGCAGAGCAUGCUCCCUCCAAACGUAAAAAAAUAGAACCCUCCUGUAACCAAGUUGAUGUUUGUAGACGUUUAGGGCGCCUUUCUCCGAGAAAAAAAUAAAGAAGAAAGAAAAAAAAAA